AUGGUGUUUGACAACGGACCUCAGUUCGAAACGCCUCAACUAAAAGAAUGGUUGGAAGACCAAGGCAUAGCUCACUGCUUUGCCUCAGUCGGCCGCUCACAGGCAAAUGGUCAGGUAGAGGCAUAUAAAAAAUUGAUCUCCAAUGGAAUUAAGCGCAAGCUUGAAAGAGCAGGCGGCUUAUGGGCUGAUGAGUUAGUCAAUGUGCUGUGGUCCAUACGAACCACGGCCAAGAGUUCCACAGGGGAAACUCCCUUCUUCUUAGUCUAUGGUGCCGAGGCGGUCCUUCCAAUUGAAAUGUAUGAGCCCACCCUUAGGGUAAUGUUAUAUGAUGAAGCGGCCAAUUGGGAAGCCAUGAAGACCGCCCUAGAUUUCCUUCCUGAAGCCAGGGGCAACGCGGCACUUAGACACAAAAUCUAUCGUCUACGGAUGACAAGGGCGUACAAUCGCCGAGUGUCUAAGCGGACGAUGAAGUUGGGAGAUCUGGUCCUAAGAAAGAUGGAGGCUGUGGGACGAGCAAAUGAGGAUGGGAAGCUGACCCCAAAUUGGGAAGGGCCGUAUCGAGUCAGGGAAGAGGUCCGAGAUGGGACUUACCAUCUCGAAGAAAUGAACGGCCGACCCAUUCCGCGUACAUGGAACACUGACAAUAUGAAGAGAUAUUAUGUUUAA